UUGUGCAGACCUGCAGGAUUUCCGCUGAGGUCCCGGAAGAAAGCCACUCCUGCUGCCUUUAUCUUGUGAUCCUCAGCUGUGCUGCACUUCUGGAAACUGCAGAGGGAUCUAGCAAAAUAUGGCUGCGGAGGAACCCACCACGCGACGAGUCCAGGUGGCAGAACAUCCCAGGUGGGGCAGAGGCGUGGCCUGGGGUCCCCGGGCUGGAGAGAUUGUUGAAGCUGAAAGAGAUGUUUAACUCCAAGUUUGGCUCCACACCCAAGUUUUAUGUUCGAGCCCCAGGAAGAGUCAACAUAAUAGGAGAGCACAUCGAUUACUGUGGAUACUCUGUUCUUCCCAUGGCUGUGGAACAAGACAUGCUAAUAGCUGUGGAACCUGUGAAAACACACACUCUCCAACUGGCCAAUACAAAUCCCUUGUACCCAGACUUCAGUACUAGUGCUAAUAACAUCCAUAUCGACAAAACCAAACCUCUAUGGCACAACUACUUCCUUUGUGGAUUUAAAGGAAUCCAGGAACACUUUGGUCUUAGUAAGUCGACUGGAAUGAACUGCCUGGUAGAUGGAAAUAUACCCCCAGGCUCGGGCCUCUCCAGCUCCAGUGCCCUGGUCUGCUGUGCUGGCUUAGCGACUCUCGCUGUGCUGGGAAUGAGCCUAUCCAAGGUGGAACUUGCAGAGAUCUGUGCCAAGAGCGAGCGUUACGUAGGCACUGAGGGAGGAGGCAUGGACCAGUCCAUCUCAUUUCUUGCAGAAGAAGGAACUGCCAAGUUAAUAGAGUUUAGUCCGCUGAGAGCCACUGACGUGAGACUCCCCAGUGGAGCGGUCUUCGUGAUUGCCAACAGCUGCGUGGAGGCGAACAAGGCAGCCAGUUCCCAUUUCAACGUCAGGGUGAUGGAGUGUCGGCUGGCUGCAAAGGUCCUUGCUAAACACAAAGGGUUGCGAUGGGAUAAAGUCCUGCGGCUAGAAGAAGUGCAAACCAAAUUGGGGAUUAGUCUGCAAGAAAUGCUGUUGGUCACAGAGGAUGCCCUUCAUGCUGAACCCUACAGCAGGGAGGAGAUCUGCAGGUACCUGGGAAUUAGCCUGGAGGAACUCCGCACCCAAAUCCUGACUCCAAAUACUCAAGAUGAGCUCACCUUCAAGCUCUACCAGCGGGCAAAGCAUGUGUACAGCGAGGCUGCACGUGUGCUACAAUUUAAGCAGGUGUGUGAAGAAGCACCCCACAAUGCGAUCCAACUGUUGGGAGAGCUGAUGAACCAGAGCCACAGAAGCUGCCGGGACAUGUAUGAGUGCAGCUGCCCUGAACUGGACCAGCUGGUGGACAUCUGCCGGUUGGCCAUCAGCACUGGCUUACAUUUCUGUGGGCACAGGGAUCAAUGGAAGUUUGGGGCCAAAGGUUCACGACUUACUGGAGCAGGAUGGGGAGGCUGCACAGUGUCCCUAGUGCCUGCUGACAUGCUGUCCAGCUUCCUCACAAAUGUCUACGAAGCUUAUUACCGGAGGAACAGUCGCAGCUUGGCUCUGGAGAAGCACAGCUUGUUCGCCACCAAACCUGGAGGCGGGGCCUUGGUUUUCCUUGAGGCCUAAACAAUGUAAACCAUCUCAGAGAAACUAUCUCGGGCAUUUAGAGCUGGCCAGACUUUCUGUGCCACAGCAAAUCAGUCUUUUCUGUUCUGUUAUGAUGGACGGUUGCUAUUAUCAAGAUGCAUUUCCAAAAAAUGGUGAAAGCUAUGCUUCUUAAUGACUACUUUUCUCUCAUAAGUGUAUUUUUCAUGAAUCAGAGCCAAGGUUUGCCAAGGAUAAAUCUUUAAAGUAUGACUAAGAUUUAUUGAUUUGAAGAUGUUUAAAGAUGAAUAGCAAAAUGUACUUUUCACUGAACACUGCUACAAUCAAACUACAGCAACUGAACUCUA